AUGUCAUGUGGUUCUCAGAGAAGAAUUGGAGACAACCCAGUACUUAUGAAUUCAAAGAAAUUAUUUCAGCAACUUAAUGUGGAUGCAUUUUCAAUGGUUGAAUCCCAGAGAUUAAAUUCCAUAAGGCUUAACCAAUCUCAACUAAGGGUUGAUAAGUACAAGAGCAUUGAAGAAAGAGUUGGAAGUGGAGAUAAUGAUGGCAAAUCAGUUGGUACACGAAUUAUUAUUCCAGCAACAUUUACAAAUGGCCCAAGAUAUAUGUUCAACAACUUCAUGGACGCACUACAAAUAUGUAAUUGGAUCGGGUUCCCAUCAUUGUUUAUAACUAUAACAUGCAAUCCAAAGUGGCCCAAAAUACAAAGAGUGUUGCAAGAUACGAAUUUGCGCCCAGAAGAUCGACCUGAUGUUCUUUGUCGAAUUUUCAAGAUGAAGCUUGACAGUUUGAUUGCAGAUUUGAAGAAAGGACAUAUUUUCGGACGAAUUAAAUCAUACGUUUGUACAAUUGAAUUUCAAAAGCGCGGACUGCCACAUGCGCAUAUACUACUUUGGCUGCAUAAUGACGACAAACCCAAUUGCUCCGAAGAUAUUGAUCGAAUUAUUAGUGCGGAAAUCCCUGACAAAAUUUCUGAUAGAAAAAUGUAUAAAUUGGUCAAGAAAUACAUGAUUCACGGUCCGUGUGGUCAAGCUAAUAUGAAGUCUCCAUGCAUGAAUAAUGGUGUUUGCUCAAAACAAUUUCCGAAGAGGUUUGUUCAACGUACGGAGGCUGGUGAAGAUGGUUAUCAUUCAUACAAGAGAAGGGACAAUGGGAGGACUGUUACGAAGAAGAAUGUUGUACUAGACAACGGUUUUGUGUCCCCGUAUAACCGUACCUAUCGGCUUGCGAGGCCAGUUGGAGGUUAUUUGGAUUUGAUAUUCACUAUAGAGACCCAGCUGUAG